AUGGUUGGUUGUGGAAAACGUUUAGUCCUUGAAGAAAUUUUAACAGAGAAGCAGAUUCUUCAUAUUUUGAAUCAAGCUAUUGGUGGAGACGGUACGUGCCAAUUGGUAAAGAGUGAAAUACGGCCAGCAAUGGAUGGCAUAGCUGGCUUUCUUGGCGAUCACUUGAAAGGAGUGCUGGAUGUGGAUGUACAAGGAGAACAAAAGAAAGUGUAUUUGUUUUUGAAACGCAUUUCGGCAAGUAACAAGCCUAAGGCUGAGUUUAUUGACAAACAUAAUUUUUACAGGCGCGAAAUGUUAAUGUAUCGAGUCUUGGACGAUAUUCGUGAUGAUGAUUCAAACCCAUGGUGCGUCAGAGCCUACAUCUACACAGACUCAAUCAUCGUGAUGCCAGAUCUGACCGUCGCUGGCUACACUUCUCGUCAUUUCCUCGACACCCUGGACUAUGAACACUUUUAUUUGACAAUGACAUCCAUUGCACGCUUUCAUGCCGCAUUUAUCAAUUAUGAAACUAAGAAGAGUGUCGAUCUAAAACGUCCAUAUAGUACGUUCCAAGAAUUUAGUCAAAUAUUACAGGAACCGACUUUUUGCGAAUCCCCGUUUCUAAAGGCAGCAGCUAAACUGUCAACCAAUCUCUUAAAAGCCUUUUCUACGAAAUUUUACAGUAACCGAAUAGGUUUAGAGUCUGAAUUGAACGAAUUUUAUCUUAAAGCAUGCGACAGUAUGAAGGAAUAUAAAGGCAGUGCUAAUGUGUUGCUCCAUAGGGAUUUAUGGGUAAACAAUAUAAUGUUUAAGUAUGAGAAAGAUGUGCCAAUAAACGCCGUACUAGUUGACUUCCAAUGCUUGCGCUAUGGACCUCCAGCUUUUGAUCUCAUGGUAUUUAUGUAUUUGACUACUGAUAGAAAGUUUCGUCAGGAACAUACGACAGAUGUAUUGAAUCAUUACUUUUCUGUUUUUGAACAAAACUUGAACGGCGAUUCUAAGAAGAGACUGGAAGAUUUGGGAUACGAUAAAGAAGACUUCUUGAAAUGGUGUGAUAAAGGUAGAAUGUUUGGGAUGUUUGCCGCUAUAGGGAUUUAUCCCUUCAUACUAAUGGAUCCGAAGACUGCCCAGGAAACAUUUGAUGAUCCUAAAACCUACGACAAAUAUAUCAAUUUUGACCGAUCUGAGCCUGUCCUGGCUUUUGCUGCUAAGUGUAAGGUAUAUAAAGACAGAAACUUAGAGGUAACUGAGGAGUUUGUGGAGAGAUACGUCCUGUCCUGA